CUUCCAUUUUAUUUCCAGUGCCUUUCUCCCGAAUUGGAACUGGACCUGAUUUUUCUUCCUACAAUUUGGCACGCCAGGUGGGACUCCAAGAAGACUGACCCAUGGACCUGGCCUGGCUAAGCUUCCACAAUGCUGGCAGCAGAUUCCUUGUGUCUGUGGGUUGUCCCCCCGGACCUUGGCCAUUUGGAGCAAGGGUAGUAAAGGGUAGCUUUGAGCUUAUCAGCUGCUUGGAAAGAAGUCUCCCCUUCUUCCCAGAGGGUCAAUUUGCCAAGAUUGCUAUUCAGCUUGCCAAAGAACUGGGAGGAGGGAAGGGUGAAAGAAUGCAGAUACUCCAGAGACAGACUGUGAGAGCCAAGAUGCUGCAAGUUAUGGAGUAUUUAAGAAGAGCAUUGGAAGAGUUUGAUCCUAGGUUACUCAAACGCUCAAAGCUGGUGGAAGUUGAAGGAACUUCUUUACUUGAUAAUACUGCUGCGAACCUGGAGCUCUUAAGGAAUUUUAAAGCCCAGCCUGAUGACCUUCUAAUUUGCACUUAUCCCAAAGCAGGGACUACCUGGGUGCAAGAAAUAGUGGACAUGGUGCAGCAUGGAGGAGACAAACAGAAAUGUGCAAGGGCUCCCAUAUAUGAACGGAUUCCCUUCAUAGAUUUGUUUCCUAUGAAACCCAUAUCUUCGGGUUUGGAAAUGGCAGAAGCAAUGCCUUCCCCACGCACUCUGAAAUCUCACCUUCCAGUCCAGCUUCUACCACCUUCCUUCUGGGAACAGAAUUGCAAGCUUCCUAAAUUAAACCAAGAGUGUAUAUCGCUGGCUGGGAAAUUCUGGGAGUUGAAGUCCAGACAUCUUCAAGUUGACAAGAUCAUUUAUGUAGCGAGGAAUAUUAAGGAUACCAUUGUUUCCUACUUCCAUUUUCACCGCAUGAACCAGGCGAUGCCAAAGCCAGGGAACUGGGAUCAGUUUUUAGAGAACUUCCUUACAGGACAGAUUGCCUGGGGCUCUUGGUUUGAACAUGUCAGAGGCUGGUGGGAGGCUAAGGAACAUCACCCAAUCCUGUAUCUCUUUUAUGAAGACAUAAAAGAAGAUCCAACCAGAGAAAUCCAGAAGAUUGCUCACUUCCUCAACUUUGAACUCCCAGAUCCACUUCUGAAGGAGAUUGUGGAACAUACAAAGUUUGAAACUAUGAAAAGCAACCCCAUGGCCAAUUACCUCACUCUGCCUGCCUUCGUGAUGAACCAAUCCUUGUCCCCCUUCAUGAGAAAAGGUUGUUCCAGCGGUACUAUGUGAUCUAGAUGUUCCAAGCUGUUCCCCGGAGGGAUCCUUUGAAGCAAAGAAGAAUGCACACUCCAUUGCUGAACUAUCAGGAAACAGAAAUCGCUGACUUUGUUUUCUUGGAUUGUUUCCCAUCAACAGGUAUUGUGGGAAACUGGAAGGAGCAUUUUACCGUGGCUCAAAAUGAAAAGAUAGAUGAAAUCACUUCCCAGUUAUUAGCAGACAGUGGCCUGG